AUGGAGGGAACACUGCUCGCACCCCCAGAUCGGGGCACCAUAAUCGGAAGAGCCGUAUGGAAGCCUCGAUACAUCGUCAUUGGCCCGCAAAGAGAUGCAUCCCAAACGAAUCUCACCUUCUCCCAGGUUCUAUCCGCCGCUCGAAUCAAGGACCCCAGCGGUCGGUCAUCCAAGUCGCAGCAACAAAAGGUUAACAUCAAUGCUGACGCCAUAUACCUUUCAAUAUACAAGACAAAGGAGGACUGGGAACUCGUCCAGCAACAUUCGAUAUCGUCCAUAACUGAGUGUCAGGUUCAAAUGGUCUCCCACCGAAAGCAAGGACCAGUGCUCCCCACCCUGGCUGUCCAGAUAUCACCCGAUCCGACUACCGACAAGUUGCGAAAGCGCCGAUCGAGUCGAACUGCCGGCCUGACUAGUACAAGGGAUUCGGGUCCAACGACGUUAUGGUUUCGCUUGGGAGAUGAUCGCACUUACACGCUAGAGGAUUGGGCUCGUUACAUACAGGCAAUUAUACCCGGGCAGCCUGAAGUUCCGAAUCGGUAUCCAAUCAGUCCCAUCAGCCCGACGUCGCCAACCUUUAUUAAUCCAUUUGGUUCCACUAGCAAUCGGGAUGCGAGCGAUUUCUAUGCCGGGACGUCAAGUGGGAGUUCCUCCAGGACACGAACAAACGUGCCUGCUAAACCUGGUCAUGCGUAUGGAUCCAGUCGAGAUGCUGGUACAACUCGUGUCCCCGGGUCACCUAGCAUACGCUCCCGUCGUAGCGAUAUCUCGUCGUCGCACGCUAGCUCGAUGGUUCCUCCAAACACAGGUUAUGCAGCGCAGCAUUACACAACAGUCCAUCCGUCCGAUCUACCGUCGCCUGCAACCACACUUGGAGGAGAAUAUCACGACCAAUUUAUUGAAGGAUGGACAUCGGCACAAGGACGGUCGUCUACUCUGAGCUCUCCAUCCAGGGCAAGAGAAAGCAUCGCCUCUUCUCCGGGUCAGAUGCUGACGAGUAUCCACUCCGGUUCCCCUCCUGCGCCUAGAGAAACCAUAUUGGAUCGAGCCUUUCAUUUGCGAUGUAUUCCGGGCUCGGAUCGGGAAGUUCCUGGUGAGGAAAAGCUCAGCUCUAUGGCCAGAUUUGAGGCAUUAAUGCGCGAGGCCGAAGAAAGGCAAAAGGUACUCGGCAAAGACAAACCAAUUGCGACACAACCUCUGCAGAGUGCAUGGGAAGUAGAGAGCGACGAAGACGCUGGCAAGGUUGACAGUGAAGCCGAAGAAGAUGAGAGUGAUGAAGAUGCUUUUGAACAAGAUAUAGGGGGUGAUGAGAUUGGCCCCUCUGCGCAAAAGGCACUCCAAUUCAUAGCAAAUCGGCAUAGUUCCGGAAGACCACCAUGGUCACAACAACAGAGUAGAACAGCACCAAACUACUACGAAGCAGGUGCGUCUAUUCUUCGGCCUCAUACCGCACAUUCGAGACUAAGACCCGCGGCCCAGCGAACAAAUAGCCAAUCCCACAUUUCCACAGCUGCGCUUGACAUGACGCCUAUGCCUGGUAGGGUACCGGAAGAGGGAGUAACUCGUCGCAAUCAUGAGAAGCGCCACUCGACAUCGGACGUGAAACGGCUGAGCUUUAACGAGUUCACUAAGCGGUUGAGCGGCACCAGUAGCCUAUUACUCGUCCAGACUAAUGCAAGUGCGGGCAGCAGCCGGGGGAGUAGCGAAGUUGAUGGAACAUUGCAAACGACACCGCCAAGAGGUGCAUUGAGUCCUAGAGGCGGCGCUCUAUCACCGACCGAACGAGACGAACGCUGUCGAUGGCGGGGUAGCGUUGGUGUAUUCGGCGCCAACGAAGGCGGGUUCCUAUAA